AAGAACUAUCGUGCGCCUGAACUCAGAUCAGUGUUGCCAGACCCUUAGUGGGAAACGUGAAGGCAAGAGGUCCUCGUUCUCAAGAAUCUGGCAGCAUGUCUGGAAACGCGGCCGCCGACGGAAGGGCUGGAGACCGAUCUCCCUCCUCGGGGGAAGACCAGAUUUUUCUCAUUAGUCAGGCCGAAGAUGCGUGUUUGGCAGUUAUAAGCGGAUCGACUCCCGAAGACGCCGUCAUUGGGCUGGCAAGCGUGAGCAACAGCAAGGAGAAGCUGUGGUACAACUGCGGCGGGCAGUGGCAGUGGGGCGCCGACCGCUCGUACUGCCUGGCGCAGGUGCCGGGGAAGCCGACGGUCGGCUUGGCUAGGAGCUGCUCGUCGCCGGCCAAGUGCAGGCUGGACGACGAAGGCAGGAUGGCUCUCGGCUCGGCGAUGCUGACCGUGCCUCCGGGGGGCUCCACGCGGGUCAUUCUUUGUCCAAAGAUGAACAUUAAAUACCAAAAGUGGUGGACAGCUAACGACUUAAAAAAGAAUUUAGAGGAAUUGAAGUCAUUGGUUUAUCCGUUUCCUGCCGAGGAUGUCACUGCGUACAAGAACGAAAUCAUUCGAGGAUUCCUGAACCAAAUUACUCCGCUGAGCGAGCCGCUGCCCUUCCCUCGCGACGUGGCCACCUUUCCCGGGGCCGUUGACGAUGCGACGCCGCGCGUGAGCAGGAACAUCACGCUGGACCUCUCUGAACUAGGACAGGCCAACAACUUGCGCAUGACGAGUCCUCGAGACUGGCAGGCCACGGACCUGUACGUGGCAGCGGGGGACGUGUUACAGGUCGUUCUUCCAGAGGACCUGCCGCCGAAGCAGGCUCGACAGAUCACUAUUCGCAUCGGGGCGCAGUGUGAUAAACUUCAGCUGAACUCAAUUAAUGUGAAAAAUAGCUACGUGAAGCGUAUGCCAAUAAUAACGGAGGAGUUCACUGCCAACCCUGGGACGAAUCAUUUCCGAAGUCAGUAUGGAGGAAUCCUGAUAUUUACUUUCGAGGACGGCGAAUACUUCAAGGUAGAGGCUGAGGUGCGCAAUGUCGUGGAGGCGCCCUAUUUCAGACUGAGCCAAACAAGCGCCGAGGAGUGGGAAACCUCCAGAGCAAGAGGCGCUCCUCAGGCAGUCCUCGAGGGUGACAGAGUUGUGUUGGUCGUGAGGAGCUCAGACGUCUCAGACAUCCCAUACCCCGACGAGCUGAUGAAAAGAUAUGAUUGCGUCGUCGAUAAGAUAAAUUUCCUUGCUGGAUUUUCCCUCGAUGACCCACCUCCGAGGGGGAAAUUCUGGCUCGUGAAUGACCUUCAAAUAAUAGGUGGAUCAGCACAUGCCGGCUUUCCAUUGAUGUUUGAUUUUCAUUUCUAUAACCUAGCUUCCCUCGAUAUGCCGCAUCACUGGUGUGUCUGGCACGAGCUCGGGCACAAUUACCAACAAGGUUUCUUUUGGUCGAAUGUUUAUGGCUCUGAGGCGACAGCCAACCUGUUCUCGCUUUUCGUCCAGGAGCAGCUCUUCGGCACAGACCGACUGCAGGAAAACGGCGACUACCAGAAGGCCGCCGACGCCAUAGACAGCGGCCAAUACUUCAAGGACUGCAGCAGUUGGCACAAGCUCGUGUUCCUAAUGGAGAUCAAGCACGCGUUCCCAGACAAGGGAUGGGAAAUGUUCCGGAGACUGCACCAGAAGACGCGCCGCCUUUCCGAAAAGGAGGCGGAGCAACUCGCCUCUGACAAGCAGCUGCAGCUCGAUUACGUCUACAGGAACCUGAGCAGAAGCGCAGAAAGCGACCUAAUAUUGACGUUCCAGCGCUGGGGAUUCUGCGUCAGCCAGGAGGCACACGAGGAGGUGCAAAGCCUCGGGCUUGAGAAGGCGAAAGCUGAUCUGUCUCUCAGGGCUUGAGACGAAGCAUCGGGGCUUUUGAAAGGCUAUUUUCAG